GUCUCGACGCGGCAUCACGCUUACGAGGGUAGUUCGCAAAAUUUUUCCACGACAGUUUCUCGCUCUUUCCCAUUCUUUCUCUAUCUAACGUUCAGUACAUCUCUGUUUCACAUACCCUUUUCUCUCCGGCCGUAGCAACCCCUUGCUGCGCGUUGAUGGGAACCGCCCACGUAAACCUACGAACUACCUUUACGACGCUUACUGGAAUUCCUAGUCUAAAUUGUAUCUGGCAAGAAAUGCGUCAAUUUUAGAGCUCGCGUGCAAUUUAAUCAAAACAAAAUUUCAAAAGUAAUCGUUCAAAUGGAUUAAAAAUUAAGUAGUAUCAUGCGACUGAUAUUUGGUGGAUUAACGGAAUUAUGGUGAUUUUAAAACAAUAAUAAGGUUAUAAACGAGGCUGAAAAUGACCUCAAAUAACAGUGAUAUUUAUGAAAGUGCAAUACCCAGUGUCCAAUGUAAUUUAAUAUUUCCCACGAAAAUUCAUUAUUUCCGAAAAUAUUUAAACAAUAAAGAAAACCAGAUGCAUCGCCCUCAUAAAAUUGUUACCAUGAUAUUAUUACUAUUAUAUAUUGGAUUUUCUACGGCUUCAUUUUCAAAAAAAGACAUAAAAGUGAACGUUGAAAUUCCAAAAGAAGCAGAAAUCGGCGACUACGUGGAUUUGAGGUGUAAUUGGGAAAUUCACGGCAACAAAAGCUUGUAUUCUGUUAAAUGGUACAAAGACGGCCAUGAAUUCUUCCGUUAUGUUCCAAAUAAUCCUCAGCCAAUUCAGACGUUUCCUCAGAUAGGAGUAAAACUUCAAAGUAUGUUGAGCCGAGAAAACUCGAUACGCUUAAUAGAUCUUAGUCUUUCCAGUGCUGGUCAAUAUAAAUGUGAAGUAUCGACUGAAGGACCGGCUUUUGCAACAUCUUUUAUGACCGGUAAUCUCAAUGUCGUAUCUUUACCAAUUCACGGGCCAGAAAUAAUUGGAUUGCCACUCUACUAUGAAGUUGGGAAAAAUAUCACAGCAAACUGUUCAGCAUGGCCCUCAGUACCACGAGCGAAACUCUACUGGACCAUCAAUGAUAAGCCGGUUCCUGAACAAUAUACGAUAACUUACCCAACAUCUUCAAUGACCUCGGCGGGUACCGCAAAUAUUCUUGGACUACAUUUUGGGACUGAAACUCGUCACUUCACUGAUAGUGGAGGUACUCUCAAGAUUCGAUGUUUGGCAGAAAUCGGGUCACGUCUUCUUGAAGCAGCAAAGCACGUAGAAGUUGUUUAUGUUAACAAUCAAAGACUAAGUGCAAGUGAUUUUCGUGAAAACAUAAAAAAUACAGCAAAUGAAAUACGAUCCAAAUUAAUAUACUUCCUAUUUUUUUUUCUCAUCAUAACGUGAUAAUUAUGUAUGACAUGUUUCAAAUAAUGUAUUUUAAGCGACUAAUGCAUCAGGCAUGUAAUUAUUCGAUUAUCAAUGACAAAAAUCAUAACGAAUUUUGUUCGAAUUUUAUACGUAAAAUAAUUAAAAAAUAUAAACAUCGGAUUCUUCCUCAAAUUAAAAAUUAUCACCGUCAAUAACAAUGAAACGAGUAAACACUACCGUAUUUUUUUUUAAUUUUUUAAUUUUUUAUUGUGAUUUGAGUUUUUCCGAAGUAACAAAACUCACUAUCAAUAUCAUUGGUACGAUAUCCGUCCGUCUAUAUGUUAUACCUUUCUAACAUUUGAUCAAUUUUAGAUAUUCAAUAAUUUAUUAAUGUGUAAAUGAAAUAUAUGAUAGCACAAAAAAAAUUAAUUGAAAGUGUUGGUUGC